UAAAAUACUAAAUAAAACUCUCGGCUCCUUCCAUUAAAAUUCAAAUUGGGGCACCAAAAAUUAACGCAAUUAUUCCCGCCACCGCCGAUUUUCACACAAUCCCAGCCAGAUCUGCGCCUGCUAUUAGCGAUCUACAUGCCGCGUCAAGGUACUCGCGUAACUCGAUCCGUAUAUUUGCGAAUUUUGUAGAAAUAAUGAUCUGUUGUUUUUAGGGCGGACCUAUAAACUGCCCUUCGCCGGCAUAACAAUACUCUUCCAUGAAGUCAUAUAGACAACAAAAGAGAAAGAGAGGUGAUAUCAAUAGAAACCAGGAUGAAUGCAUGGGUAUUAAUCUAAAGAAACCUGCAAAUGAGACUGGUCGGGGGCCUCUGAGCUCUCUAGAAAAUAUAAUGAUGCCACAUUUGGAUCCUCCAAUUCAACUGCAGAUUCCAUCUAGAAAAAUUAAGCUGCAGCUUUUCCCAAUAAAUGGACAAACUCGCCUAGGAUUAGAGAAGGAUGGUCACAAUCCAUUUUUAGAGCUAACACUAAGUGCUCGGAAGAGGAUAUCAUCAGUGGUUAGGCAUCUGGAUGCUAAGUGGAGCUCUUCAACUGCAGUGACAGGUCAACUCAUGCUUUUUCCCUAUAACACAAAGUUGGAACAGUUGGCAUCAUGCAGAAGAUGGACUUUGAAUGAUAGUGCCUUCACUGUAUGGGAUGUGUAUGUUGAUGUGGGCAGUCCUUCCAUUUUCCGCCUAAGGUAUGGUUGGUUGUGCAAUCAUCAGCCUGAGAUAUUUGGCGGACUUUGUAAUUCUAGUCUUCUAGAGGCUCAUACAGGUUUUGAGGACAAGGGCUCGCCCAGAAAUUUGGUGAUCCCAAAUCACCAAGAGGAACAAACAAAUGAAUCUUGUGAAGUCAUUAAAAUACAAGGAAAUGCUGAUGAAACUUUGCGUUCAGAUGUGAAUCAGCUGAAAGCUUCAGAUGCACCUACUGGUUUGGUGGAUGAUAAAGUGACGAUUGAGGCUGACCUAGUUCACCCAGGUGUACCUUGGGAUGACAAUAUGACCAUCUUGAGCAUUGGAGGCCUCCUAUCUGAAAUAUCAUUGCAGGGUAAAAUUAAUGAAUCGUUUCCCAGCUCUGUAAGCAGAUCUCAGGUGCAGCCAAUUGCACUAACAUCCGACAUGAGCAUUCGUGAUCUGCUCUCUGAAGAUUCGUUCUUGGGUAAGAUGAGAUGUUCAAGCAUGAAACUGGAAAAUGAAUCAUCCUUACAACCUCUAUUUCUGGGAUCCAGUGAUGUAAGCAUUGGAGGAUUAUUUUCUGAGGCAUCAUUACUUGCGAAAUUGAAAAAGUCAGAUACACAAUCAGCCGAAGUGGGGCAUGCACCAUUCCAAUCUCCAUGGGAUGAUAAUUUUACUACCUUAAGCAUUGGAGGCUUGUUAUCUGAGGCAUCCUUGCAGGCCAAGACUGGUGGUAAGGUGGAAUCAAAAGAGAGCAAAACAAGCUUGGAGCCUCUUGCACCUUCUCGAUCCUUAGAAAUUGCUGCCCAAUUAUAUGCACCUUCCCAAAGGCCAAAACUAUCAAUGCAUGAGCCAAAUUUGUCCAUUUUAGAUGCUGAAGAGACAUGCCAUGCUUUUCCCAUUCAGAGGCUUCAAUCAAACAGAGAUGUCACAACUUCAAAUGCAAGAGUUGGUUCUGGUGGAUGCAGCAAUGUUGCAAGCUCAAAACAAUCCCAGAUAGCAAGGGCUGCUAAGACAAUCAAUGGAACGGUUUUUCCCAAAGAUUCUUCUCGUGAAGGAUUGGAGACAGAUCUUUUGGCUUGUCCUGUAAAAGCCUUUGAUGAGGAUAGCAGACUGUGGCCUUUCGGGCAUCGAUCAGCCUACAAACUAACAAAGUAUACUUUGUUAUGUUGGUAGAAUGAUCCUUCGAUUGGCUAUUGGAUGCAGCUGGAGCUGGUUGAGAUGGUAUUAAUCUGCGUAAAUAUGAGGUGUUAUUUUCCAAGAAAGCAAUCAAGCAGAGAAACUUGCCAUGGACUUGAAUUGGCGUCACAGAAGCUUCUAAUGCAACAACCGUGCAUCUUGACUAAAUUUACUAGUUUGCUUUUUGAUCAAUACUCUUGGGCAAGAUACGUCUUGGUUGAGGACAGAAGAAACUGGCUCCUCUCUCUCUCUCGCGUUAUUUGGAAAAUUGUUUACUCGAAGGUACACUGUAUAUUAUUUACGCAAUAAGAUGAGCUUCUCAGCAGGGCAAGCUGUCAGCGACUCCUUAAAGUUUAAACAAUGUCAAUAUCCAGUCUUCUACUAUAUCAAUUAUACUGUA